GUGUCACUUGGGCUUUACUUUCUUUUGGAGAGAGUGAGCGGCGGGGAGUCUGCUGUCACUCACCGCACAUAUGGACUGAUUUAUAGACUUUUGCACAAGUCAACUCCCUUAUUCUGUACGGUUGAGGAGCCCAGUGCAGAGUGCAUGUCCGCUCAGUGAGAUGCCUAACAGUGACACCUGGCCUCGUGGCGUCUCCGUGGAAACUAUCAGUAACAUGGACACUGCCCGCAGCUGUGAUAGUGUCAUCAGUAUCAACUCUGCCUGUAGUGAGGACAGUAUGGAGCACCUGUCUGCAGAGGAGAAGGCCUGUCUCAUGUAUCUGGAAGAAACCAUUGAGUCUCUGGAUCUACAGGAGGACAGUGGCUUCUCCAACGAUGAACCCGACCCAGCUAAUUUGAGGAGGAAACAUGGCGGCUCAGAGACUUUACCCGAGCCUAGUAAUCUUCUGAGUAUGUUGGUGGAAAGAUGCAGAACUGAAGCAUCCGGUGAAUCCGCCAACCCAGAUCCACAGACUUCUGCUCUUGAUCUAAGUGAAGUCCCUGACCACAUCCCCCCAGACCCCGUACGUGCACUUUCAGAACCCACCUCCGGGAGUACUACGCCUGUCCCUGCUCCACACAGCUCAGAGCUCAGUUUAUCCGCUGACGUAGACCCUCAGAGCGGUGCUGCAAAGGCUGAGCUGUUUGCUAAACCUCCCGGUGAAAUGGACCUGGCUUUCAUCCCUCCCCCAUCGGAUUUCAUGGAUGAACCAGAGUCUCCCACUUCUCCACAGAUGGACAGUGCAGUGUCUUCCCCUGUUUCCAAGCCCACGAUUAUGCUAGAGGUGCUAAGACAGAGAGUAUCGGCAAAGAGUACCUCAUCAAGUGCCCCAUCAAGCCCCACCCCUCUUCGUUCCACCCCUGAAACCCCUGCCCCUAUCAGUCCUUCUUCUGUAAGCCCCGUCCCUGUAAGCCCUGCCUCUCCGAGCUCCAGCUCUCCAAGCCUCGCCUCUCCAAGUCUUGCCUUUCCAAGUCUCUCCUCUCCAAGUCUCUCCUCUCCAAGCCCCGCCUCUCCAAGUCUCUCCUCUCCAAGUCUUGCCUCUCCAAUUCUCGCCUCCCCAAGCUUCACCCCUCUGGAAAAGCCCCUUGAGCUGUCUUCUGCUCCAUCCUCACACCCCUCCAGUCCCCAGACACUUGCUCCACCAGGACCAUCUGAGCCUAAAAGUCCACCUGCUGUUGCUCCCAAACCCAAGAAGCUGCCUCCAAAUAUCAUCCUGAAAUCCCACAAAUCCACAGGCCACGAGAGCUCCGUGGGACAUCUCUCUCCGAGCACGACAGGGCUGAUGGACCCUCAGAAGGUGCGCAUGGAGGCUUUGAGGAAACUUGGUCUGCUUAAGAGUGAAGAGUAUGAUUCAGUCCCUGCUCAUAAAUCUGUGCAAACCAGAAGAUCAUGGGCAUCCUCUCCUCUCAGCCCUACUUCUCCUAAGUCUGCUUCACCAGUGCCCUCUGUACACACCCUUGUCCCAGCUCAGACCCCCUCCCCUCACAUCCCAUCUGAGCCUCUCCCUGACAUUAUCCCAGUGCCCACUGCCUUCAGUGAUGAUGCGUUUGCGGGGGAUUCUCCUCUUUUGAACAAGAAGCUGUUGUGUUCAGCUGGAGGAGGAGUGAAGUCAGCUACACUGGAGCGCUCAGGGAUGGGUCUGAGCAGCUACAUGGAGUCUCUGGAGCACGACAAACAGACUCUAGGGCAGCUACGUAACAAUCGCCCGCGCCCGGCCUCUCUGGGGAGCAAGAAGGACUUCUCCGGUGCAGGGGGUGUGGCCAUAGCUGGGGGCGUGGCCAGCACAGAGGUUGGCAGUGGAAAACCUGGCCCCUCCAGCUCUCAGCACUCUGACAAUUCCCAGAAACUGCCACGCUCUCAGGGCAUCAGUGUGCUCAUCUGCCCCCGGGGGCAGAGCGAGGAAGCAAGGCGUGAGGCGCUCAAGAAACUGGGGCUACUUAGAGAUUGAAUGAAAGACUUACAAUGAACUCACUGACAAAUGGAAAAAUUAAAUAUAUUUUUAAAUAUAAAUUAGCAUUAUAAAGACAAUUCUAUAUCAUAAUGUAAAUACCAUAACUUUUCUUACUUAACGAUCUGUAAAUUCUUUAAUCAAAAUACUCAGAGCUUCGAACCUUUUACAUAAAUGUAUAUUGAUGCUAAUUAAAAUGUAGCUGCUUAAUUAAAAUGUUUAAUUUAGUAUAGAUUAUCACCUUCGUCCUUUCUACAUACUGCCAAAGCAGGUCACAUAUAAAGGACCCAGGUUUUUUACUUUAUGAACAUUUUACAAAAGUUUUCUAUUAUUCAGUGCAGUUGAAGUGAAUGAAGUUAUUGCUUACGUGAAAACAGCGGGGGAGGCAGAGCUUUGCUAAACUUAUUGAGAAUAUGCAUUUGUUUGCAUACGUGUGUGAUUUGAACACAUUAUAUCUGAGUACAUUCUAAUAGACUCUUCUAUGUUCAGUGUGUCAUCUCUGAAUUAAAGCAACAUUCCCAUCAUGGUUAUCAAGUCCUCUGCAGAGAACUGGUGCGACUUGUUUCUCACUUUCAGGCUCAUCCUUUUAUGCAACACAAUUACUUUUCACAAUGGAGCAUUUAUAAAUAGCUGGAAAUACGUUAGAAAAAUGUACAACCAAAAACACCCUUUGCCCUUGCUAUGUUUCACUAUUUACUGUUUCAAAUGCUAACCUAAGAUCCUAUUCUAUCAGACGUCUGGAAAACUUCUUUGCUUCAUUUCUGUAAAUAUGUAGCAGUUUGCAUCUUUUCACAUUAUUGCCCAUUUCUUCCAUAAUUGUACAAUAGGUGGUAAUGUCUUGUUUUCACAGUAAAACGGGGGAAGCAGGUAAUUCAUUGCUGUGUGGUUACGUGCAGUUGAUGGUAUGCAGGUAUGUGAAGUAUCUUUGCCUUCACCUGGCUCAGACCUGACUGACGGGGCCUGCGUGACACUGAAGGAACUUUCACUGCUUACAUCACCAGCCUCAACCCAGUGUGAGGAAUGAAGCCUACUCUGGUUUGGAGUGAUACUGAGUUUGCCUAAAAGUAGUAGGUGUGGUUUUAUCAACUAUAUCAAAUAUAUACCUAGUUGUAUGCUAGUGUUGGCUGAUUUGACAAAAUGUAAAGUAAUUUAUGGCAGUAAAAGUGAAAAUAUAGUUUAAGUUAAAGGUGCACUGUGUAACUUUUUCAUUAGGGUUCCAACACUCAUCCAUCAUUGCUCUGCUUCGAAUGUUCCACAGUACAGACAUUAAACGCCUCUACUUUACAUUUAUUCAAUUACAAUUGGUUUAAUAGCUCGAAAAUACAUAGAAAACCAGGCAUUCUGAUUGUGAGUGGUGCCGCCUCUCAACAAAUCUGGUCUGUAACUUAGUUUAGUUCGGUUUCCAUGAAAAUAGAAAGGUUUAUUAUCAUACAGUGAAACAUUCCAGACAUUAUCAUUAUCAUAACAUUUCAAUGGAGGAAAGCAUUUGACGGACUGCGAUGUAGGUUGACCUUGAGCGGGUUGGAGUUCAGUGAGUAAGGUUUUUUAAAAAUCCACACAAAGACGUGAAGCAGUGGUCCACAGUUUACUUUUUUGUUUUCUAUCAUUACAAAAAGUGCAAGUGCAAAAAGUGCAAGGUGUAAAAUGGAGGCAGGCAACAGUUUCCUCUCCAGCAGCAGAACACAGAAUGGUGUACAGAGGCGCCUUUUAUCCUGGUCUCACUGAUUGGAUAAAACUACUACAGCUAAAACAGGGAUGGUAAAAUUAUCAUUAUCUUCAAAUCUUCAUCUAAUCCUCCAUAAAAUAAACCCAAAACCAAAUAACUAUUAAAACUAUAUACAUAAAAACCCUAAAACCAUACACCAAUCAAACUUUAAAACCCAUAAACCAAUAAAACACCAAACCUAAUACCCCUGUACAAUAUAAUACACAUGGUCCAGCCUGGAACCACAAAAGAGGGAGUUAGUUUCCAGGGGGACUCUUUAGGGACCUGGACAGAAGGUAUAAAGGAGGUAAAGUAAAAAGCAGAACCACACCAUCCAUUAAAACACCACAAAAUACACUACCACAUCAACACUUAAAACAUUUCAAAACAGAAAUAUUGCACCAUAUAUUGCACUAAUUCAAUUUAAAAGGUAUUUGGUUAACUAUGUCUCCUUUUCCUCCAGGGACCAGCAGCUUUCAAUUAAAGUGCUACUGUGCCUCAGGAUUAAAAGUGGUAAAACGAAAGACAAAUAAUUUUUAAAACCAAUUAUGUGCAAUUUCAUUUUGUAAUAUGUGCAAAAGAGCAGUGUUUUAAAGUGUCUUAGUGAAGGGUGAAGGUGCUGAGUGUACUUAUGGGUAACAAACCAGCCUGUUUGUUACACGGACUCUCCACCAGAAAAGUUACACAAUGCACCUUUAAGUGGCAGACGAGGUGGUAGUUCAGUUGCUCAGGGUCACUAUUACAGGGUUUUUAAGUAAUAAGUUAAUAUAGAAAGGUGCUGUAAGGUGCACCAAAUCACUGACUCAAAAACACAAUUGAAAACACAGCUGGAUCAACAUUUUCUUUUUUGAAAAUGCCAUAUGAUCAAAACAAAAUCUAUGUGAUGUACUCUGUUCUUGAGCCUGCACAAUAAAUAUUACUCCUCGAUUUCAAUCACUAGAGGGCAGUAUAGACUUAAGUGAGAAUACGCCUCACUUGAUUAUUGAUAGUGGCAGCAAAUAUGCAGUGCAGCAAGACCCAUUUUCUGUACAUAAUGACUGUUAAUGAAGUAUUGAAAAGGAGAAGAGGUUUAGAUGUAGAAGAUGUACAAGUAAUGUGUGUACCAGCUUAGAACAACUAGAAACCACUACAAGUACUACUAUUACUACUGCCAACGCUUGCAUUAUACAGAUAUGGAUUUUUUUUAGAUAUUUUUCUAGCUGCUGUGACGGAAUAUAUUUAUGUGGGAUUAUAAAAUUAUUUGUUGCAUGAUUCUUGUGCAAAUAUACAUCCACAUUAGCCUAAUUACUCUUGUAUUUCUGUUUUUCCUUUUUACUUGGUCCAAAAGGGCGCACAGAGACUAGGGAAGUGCCAAAUAUCAACAAAAAAUUUUCAACGACAUAGCGAUGCAAUAUCUAGGUUUCUAAAUGAAGAACAGUUAGGGUCGUUGCCAUAGCAAUUCACAAUUUAAAAACAAAAUCUUAUAUAUUUUCAAUUGCCAACCAUUCUUAAAAUGACACUAUAUAACUGGAAGCAGAAACCCACGAAUAUAACCUGUAUCCAGUCUUGAAUCCCAUCUUACAGUACCCUUUUCUCAUUUCAAACAUGCUAUUUUUCAUGCAGACUUGCAGAAAAGUACAUUUACAUCUUAACAGCCUCCAGCAUCCUUCCAGAAUUGAAGAUAUGUUAAAAGAAACCUGUUUCUUGUAAUCUUUUCUCUCAGUACUUGCCUGAAAAUGACUACAUGUAUAUACUUCACCACUGUUUUACUUCAGUCUCUGAUACUUGUAAACACUCUCAACUACAAAUAGCACUGUGUAAUAAAGAUCAGG